AUGGUGGAAGAUAGUACAGUUGAUACAUGUUCAACAGAAGAAUGGUUGUUGAAUUCACAAGAACUUGUUCCUAUUGCUGUUACUAAAGCAAAAGAGGUGAAAGGGUUUCUAGGUAGAUGGAAAAUGAUCAUUUCGAAAUUGGAACAAGUUCCGUCGAAGCUAUCAGAUUUAUCUAGCCACCCUUGUUUUUCAAAGAAUGCUCUUUGCAAGGAACAAUUGCAGGCUGUGUCGAAGACGUUAAGAGAAGCUAUUGAAUUAGCUGAGUUGUGUUUGAAGGAAAAGUAUGAAGGUAAAUUGAGGAUGCAAAGUGAUCUCGACGCGUUGAUUGGAAAACUUGAUUUGAAUUUGAAGGAUUGUAGCUUGUUGACAAAAAGUGGUGUACUUGGUGAAGCUACUUUGCAGUUCAAUGUUUCUGGUAUUAUAGCGGAAUCUGAUAUUGCGACACAUGGAAAUAUAAAGGAAUUACUCGCACGGCUACAAAUCGGUCAUUUGGAGUCGAAACACAAAGCUUUGGAUAGAUUACAUGAGAUUAUGAAAGAUGAUGAGAAGAAUGUUUUGGCUGUUUUUUGUAGGAGCAAUGUUGCUGCUUUGGUUCAGUUGCUUACGGCAACAUCACCGAGGAUUAGGGAGAAAACGGUUAGUAUUAUAUGCUCGAUUGUGGAAUCGGGUAGUAGCUGCGAAAACUGGUUAGUUACUGAGGGUGUUUUGCCACCUCUUAUAAGGCUUGUUGAAUCUGGUAGUGCUGUUGGUAAAGAAAAGGCUAUUGUAUCUCUUCAAAGGCUAUCGAUUUCGGAGGAAACAGCUCGCGCGACCGUCGGACACGGAGGGGUUCGUCCGUUAAUCGAGCUUUGUCAGGUAGGUGAUUCUGUUACACAGGCGGCGGCAGCUUGUACUUUGAAGAAUAUUUCGGUUGUUCCAGAAGUGAGACAGGUUUUAGCCGAAGAAGGUGUUGUUCGGGUUAUGAUCAAUCUCCUCAACAACGGAAUGCUGUUAGGCACGAAAGAGUAUGCUGCUGAGUGUUUGCAGAAUCUCACUGCAAGCAAUGAGAAUCUGAGAAGGUCCGUUAUAUCAGAAAACGGCAUUAGAAGCCUUUUGGCUUUUCUCGAUGCUCCAGUUCCUCAAGAAUCGGCUGUAGGCGCGUUGAAGAAUCUCGUCGGAUUGGUUUCCGAAGAAACUUUGGUUUCUCUCGGAGUUCUUUCUUGUCUGGUCCAUAUUUUGAAGUCAGGAUCAUUAGGCGCGAAACAAAACGCAGCCUCGGUUAUAUGCAGGAUUUGCAGCUCGAUCGAGAUGAAGAAAAUGCUAGGUGAAGUCGGUUGCAUACCUCUAUUGAUCAACAUGCUUGAGGCGAAAGCAAACACUGCUAGAGAACUUGCAGCACAAGCAAUUGCGAGUUUGAUGAUUCUGUCGCAGAAUAGGCGAGAAGUUAAAAAGGACGUUAAAAGCGUGCCGAGUUUGGUACAGUUGCUUGAUCCUAGUCCACAGAAUACUGCAAAAAAGUAUGCAGUUUGUUGUCUAGGAUCACUUUCUUCAUGUAAGAAGUGUAAGAAGUUGAUGAUUUCUUAUGGAGCAAUAGGGUAUUUGAAGAAGCUUAUUGAGAUGGAGAUUCCAGGAGCUAAAAAGUUGCUUGAGAGAUUGGAAAGAGGGAAAUUGAGAAGCUUGUUUAGCAGAAAAUAA